AAGUGAAAUUAGCAACAGCCUGUUAGAAUGAAGACAAAAUUUUGAGGAAUUUACUAUUUCCUACUUCUAAGAUGUUCACUACAGCGGUAGGUACUGUUCACUUAGCUACUAGACUUUCGGCACUUUAUUUUAUCAGAAGCUUCGCUACAAACUACAGUACUGUAUUUAUUCUAGUGGUAAAGGGGAUAGCGUACAGCUGCUGGCGAGCUGUGCUGAGCGGCAAAUGUCAAAGGGCUUCUUUGUUUGAGUGAGUCCAUUGUUGAGCUUCAGUAGCAGACAGAAGUGUUUUGUUGGGCUGAUACACAUCUUAUCUCUGUGAUUUUUGCAAUCUGUGAAUUGUUUUAGUUGAUGUAAAUACUUUAGACUUCACUAAGAUUUGAACAAUGGCUGGAACUUGGAAACAAAUAAGGUUGGAGGCAAAAACGGAGGUUUUCCAUGACAUUGAUAAUGGAAUGAAACAAGUAGAUGUGAUGAGGAAGUAUGGUCAUGCACAAGCUACAUUCCCUAAAAAAAUGAAAAUAAAUUCAAGAAAGUUUUUUAGAUGGCAAUUUUAACAAUUCAAAAAAAAGAAUAAAGACAGCUGCUGCUUAUGAUGUGGACAGUGCUACACUGUGGAGGUUUAAUGAGAUGCGUGCACAGAAUGUACCAAUUAAUGGUCUGUUGAUAUAUCAAAAAGCCUUAGAUUUCAUUAAGUUGCAUGGUGAUUCUAAUUUUAAGGCAAGUAAUGGAUGGUUGCAAAGAUUUAAGGACACGCAUGGGAUCAUUUUUAAAGUGAUUUCAGGAGAAGAAAAAUCAGCACCUUUAGGUGAUGCAGAAUUUUGGAGGAAAAACAACCAAACUAUCAGAAAAAUAUUGUCCUCAGAACUUGUACAAUACGGAUGAGACGGGAUUGCUUUAUCAACUGAUGCCAGAGAAGACGAUGGCCUUUAGAGGAGAAAAGUGUAAAGGAGGGAAGCAGUCUAAAGUACACCUAACUGUUCUUCUCUGCAGUGAUGCGUCAGGGACACAUAAAUUGACACCACUGGUGAUCAGACGAUCAGCAAGCCAACGGUGCUUCAAAUAUGUAAAAAGCUUACCAGUCAAUUACAAGACAAAUCCGAAAGCAUGGAUGACGCCUACUCUUUUUAGCAAGUGGUUGCUUUUGCUUGAUAAAAAGAUGUCAAUGAAGAAUAAGAAAACUGCAUUGCUGGUGGAUAAUUGUAGUGCGCAUAACAUGCCGGCGUUGAAGAAUGUUGAACUAUGCUACUUUCCCCUGAACUGUACUUUGAUUCUUCAGCCACUAGAUAUGGGGAUAAUUAAUAACUUUAAGACAAAAUACCAUUCACAUUUAGUUAAACACGUGAUUGCAGACAUUGAAAGAAAGGUGAGCAAUCCCUACAGUUUCAAUGUGAAGCAGGCUUGUGACAUGAUUGCUAGCUUCUGGAACAGUGUACAGCUGACUGUGAUUGUGAACAGCUGGAAAAGUGCAAGAAUUUCUGAAAGUGAAGAUGUUGGUGAGAAUGUUGUGGUGGAUGAAAUAACUCAGGAUGACAUUCAAAGUGAUCCGGAGAUUUAUUCAGCAGUUACUGGAAAAACCAUAAAUGCUUCAGUAGUUGAAUACUUGUCAGUGGAUGAUGAAGCGUUGGUGUUUGAAGCAUAUACUGACAAAUCUAUCAUUGAGGAGUUAAAUGAUAAUUAACCUGUUGAAGAUUGUGAUGACAACAGUGACCUGAUAAGUGCAAAUCGCCCUCGUCUGGUGUAGCUAAUAGGUCAGUUGGAAACCAUUCAGCAAGUAGCAUCUUAGAGCCCCAGUCUUUCAGUGCAGCAGUUGAUUGGGUUAGAGGAGAUAAGACAACGUACACCAAAGUAAGAUAUUGUACAGAUACAGUGUUGAUAAAAGAAGUGACCAAAAUGUUUCAUUAUUUGUCUUUUAAUGUUAUUUUUCUUCAGAAAAGUACUACAGUAAUCUACUUCUUGGCCACAAAAACAUGGCUCCCUGCUCCGAGUCACAAUAACAAAACCUCAUUAUAACAAUAACCCUUGUGCAACAAUUUAAUUUUCAUGGUCCCAUGAAAUUAGUUAUAUCGAGGUUUGACUGUAUAAAUUUCCAUUUUACUGUUACAUGAUAUUUUAAUCCCUUUAGUUAUCCACAGGUUACACUUUUGUUUGACAACUUUUAAGCAAACAUGCUUUCAAAUAUUGACACACAUUCACUAUUUAAAAUACUGAAUUUUCAUAUUUGCCUCUCUUUGCAUAUACAAACUCAUUCCACUUCUCUUUAGUUAUUCUUAAAACAUUGUAACAUGGUGUCAUGAAUAAGCCUCAGUGCUUUGUAUGCAGAUGCCUUUAUUAAUUGUGCAUCAUAAUCAGAUAGUCCCUUAACAGUUCGGUAAACAUUAAGUGUUUUAACAUGUGUACUGUCUAUAGGAAUGUAACCAAUCAAGGUGCUACUAUCUUGCUGCACACGAGUUGGAAAAUUCACUACUGAGUUCAGAUUGAAACAGCUAAAUUUGAUACCAGUUCAUUCUUCCUGUCAGAAUCCUUUAAAAAUCAGAAUACCCCUGCUUUUCCUUGCAAAUAGAACUCUUGAUGAUGGCACUUUCUGAGAGUGCCUUAAAAUUACAGUUAUACUUUAAGUGUAUAAAAAGGGCCCAUAUCAGUAGUCCCAUUAUGCCAAAAAAAUAGAGAACUGUAUACUUACAUAUAUUUGAAAAUAUGGAAAACCUGUUUGUAUUCAGAAUGAACUUAUCAUCCUUAAAAUAAGUUGAAAGCAUGCUAACAGCAAGCCAUAAUGGUUAUGAAAGUUGAUUAA